AUGACAAUUUUAUUACUACUAUUUCUUAUUUCUUCCGCAGGUACUUCCUCACCUUAUUAUUCAACAACAAAGAAGAGCUCAGCAACUUGUAGCUCUUGUUCCGAAGCCGGGAGCAGGGAAUUGGACGAAAGUGAAUCAUCUGAUGAUGAAAUUCAGUACUACACCCGCCCAACGCACUUGCCAUCGCCAUUGUUUGCACCUUCUCCUUCAACAGCUACUCGCUCAAAGAGGCCUAGACUAGUCACAGUAAAGCGCAUAGUAAUACCACCAAAAAGGUUAGAACCUAAUUGGAGUCGCUUCAAGUUUACUGGUUGUGCAGAAGUGGAUGAUAUCGCGUUUGAGCCACGUGAAGAGAAAAGUCCAAUUGAAUACUUUAGGCUGUUCUUUUCUGAUGACAUAAUUUCUCUUAUAAUGUAA